AGUGAUUUCCAUUUUGUUUGGUUACAGGGACCCAUUAGUUUGGUGAUAGUGUCCGUGUUACUAGCACUGAGAAUGAUACUGCUGGUCUGAGAUUUCCUAGAGGUAUGAGAUGCCCCAGCAAUCCGAAUGGCAGUAGGGUUUGGAGUAGCACUGGGGGUCUUAGCAACAUUGGGGAUUUGUGUGGCAUGGGGGGGCUGAAUGAGCCUGGCGCUACAGAAAGGGCAGCGAUGGUUUGACUGAGCUGAAGAAGGGGGAUAUUGGACAUACUGGAACAACUGUUUCUGGGGGGCUGAGGUAGGUGAGCAUUGUAUUGGGUGGACAGGCUGCUUUGGGGCGACGGAGGUCGAUGGAUGUUGGAUGGGCAGCUGCUGGGAGAUGAGGAGCAGUGGGUGUUGCUGAGGGGCCCUGGAUGUCACUGGGGUGGUGCUGGAAACCUGGUGGCUGCUGGGAAUCCGUUUGCCUGGGAUCUGGGUGCUGUCCGUCCGGUAAAGCAGCUGUUGCACAGAGGGCACCGGGGAUCCAGGUAAGGUAGGAAUUUCUUAUCAGACAGGAAGGGGCUAGACCUCAAGGGAGUUCAAGGCCAGGAAGAUGGAAGCCGCCGUAGGACCAAGGUUGCUAAGUGGCCAUUUAAGUGCUCCUGCGGGAGGAGGUGUCGCAGCUCCAGGAGGAGGUACAGUGGCUGAGGCAGAUGAAGGAGAUGCUGACAAAGGAGUUGGAGGAAUCACACGGGGGCAAAUCGGCUGAGGUUCUGUCGGCUACUGAGUUGAAGGUGCAGCUAGCACAGAAAGAGGAUGAGUUGGCUCGAGCCAAAGAAGCCCUGCAGGCCAUGAAGACUGACCGCAAACGGCUGAAAGCGGAGAAGGCCGACCUGGUGAAUCAAAUGCAGCAGUUGUAUGCAACUCUCGAGAGCCGGGAGGAACAGCUCCGGGAUUUUAUACGAAACUAUGAGCAACACAGAAAGGAAAGUGAGGAUGCAGUGAAGCUGCUGGCGAAAGAGAAGGAUUCUCUGGAGCGGGAGAAGUGGGAGCUUCGCAGGCAGACGAAGGACGCCACGGACCACGCCACCACACUCCGCACACAGCUGGACCUGAAAGAGAAUAGGAUCAAGGAGUUGGAGGCAGAGCUGGCCAUGAUAAUGAACCGUAUGGGCCAGAAAAUGGAAUAUCGCAUUUUUGAUCGUUCAGCUGAGAAGGAUCCCUACCCUCGGGUGCCAGCGGCCAAGCAGUCCCUAGCCACGCUGACCAAGGACGUCCCCAAGCGGCACUCACUGGCAAUGCCAAGUGAAAGUAUGUUGAACGGCAACCAGGAAUGGGUGAUGCACUCUGAGCUGCCUCUCACAGCCGCCAUCCGCCAGAGCCAGCAGACCCUGUACCAUGCACACCAGCACUCAGGAGACCGGCAAGGUGUCCGAGUCAGUCCCUGCCACUCACGGCAACCCUCCAUCAUCUCCGACGCCUCCAUGCUGGAAGGGGAAAGGUCGUCAACACCCAGUGACAUCAAUUCCCCGCGACACCGGACACACUCGCUCUGUAACUCUCUAGAAGACCUGGAAGAGCAAAAGAGGAAGAAAAAGAAAGAGAAGUUGGUCUUUGGCUCCAUCUCGCGGGUCUUUGCCAGGGGGAAGCAGCGGAAAUCCCUGGACCCCAGCCUGUUUGAUGGUACUUCGACCGAUUAUUAUGUGGAGGAGGAUGCAGACUGGUGACCAGAAGAAGACUGCUCCUAACCUCUGUGUGUGUGUGUGUGAGCGUGUUCUGUUUUUAAACAUUAACAAUGUGAGCCUGCGUGCUGUAUGCCAGCACCCUCUGUAAUUAACGUGUACAGAAAUCAGUGUCUUUCGGAAGAAGGAAUGAUAGGACUGUGGUGGAGACACCCGCUCAGCGCGGUGGCUCUCGUUUUAAUCUCGCUCCUGGGAGCCCCUUGAAGGACCAGCUGUUUAUGUAAAUAACUGACCAGUGUACUCGGUGUUUGUCCUCUGCUGUUUGUCAAAACGUGUUGCUUCCCUCAGUGUGACAGUGGGACCAGAUUCUCUCACUCUUACCUGUGCAGCGUUACUGGUCAUCCCAUCAUCGUUCCCCUCCCCUGAAACCCCACUCCCCCGAGACCGCCCAGCUGGCAGCACUCUCCCACAAUGCAUUGAAGCAGUUGACCGAGCAGGUGGGGGCUCAAUGUGAAUUGUUCCCAUCCCCAUCUUGGCCCCACCCCCAGUCUCCUUGCCCCUGUCCUACCCCGGCCCCUGCUCCGCCCCCAGCCCAUCCCCUGCUCCACAGCCUUUCUUGAGCUGUGGAGACCCUGGUGUUCUGGCCACGUGAAAGUGUUACUGUGUGUCAUUACUGCCUGCAAGACCCCACCCCCGUAGUGAUGUUUGACAAUUGUCUGAUAUUCAAGAGAUUAAAAAGUCAGAUCAGAGUUUAAAAUAAAAUUAUGAAAAAUCCUGUCCAAUCAUCAAAAGUUACCCCAAGCCCCAAACAUGUCCAUUCAGGGUGGUGGGGGGGGCAGUGCUUUCACAUUGAGGAUAUUCAGUGUCAGCCUGAGCAAUGUCAUGCUAACACUGCCAUCGGGUGCAAGCAAGCGCCACCCUGCACAGGGAGCUCUCUAAACCGACCAUCGAUCCCUGUUAGAUGUGUGUGGGGGGGUGGGGAAUGUUGGGUGGGAGGUAAUACUUGCAUUGCAGGACCUUGGACGAAAGUCUGGUGUUUUUAUUUUUUAAAGGAGACAAUUCGCGUUUAUCUGUUCAGAUAAUGUCUGGCUUAUAAAUUAUUUCAGCUCUUGAGCUUUGCAAACUCUGGAGAUCGAGCAGUUGACAGGCAGUGGGAGCUGGAGCCGGGUGGGAAUCCAGCACAAGGAGGAAGUUAUCUCUGUUACCACCAUGGAAAACGAGAUUCAAUCAAUUAGAAGCCAGCUGUGGCUUGGCCUGUAGCUCAGCGCCGUCCAGAGUGUGUGGCCAGUCGUGGGAGGGGAAUGCGGGUGCAGCAUGCCAGGCCCUCGGGCUCUGGGUCUCGGCUCCGCUGCUGGGAAGGGCAGAGGGAGGCUUUGCUCCGCAGCCAGCGCCCCCCCUCCAGGGGAGGGCACCUGCUCCAUCCUCACUCCAGCCUCACAAAUACCAACAAGAACACUGCCUCGCUCAAAAAACACAGGCCACAGAGGGUGGUCUGCCUCUCACUCUCCCUCCCUCCCUCACACCUUUCCCCUCUCUCCCCCUAAUC